AUGUCUUUUUUUAUUAAACAGACUUAUUGCGAAGACAGAAUCACACCUGAUUCGGCAGCUACAGCCACGGCUUAUUUAAGUGGAGUCAAAAUUAACAAAGGAGUUAUCGGCCUUGACGCUCGGGUAUCAUACGGAGUUUGCAAUGAUAAAAUUACUCAGGGCAAAAUAUCGUCAAUUCUGGUAUGGUCACAGAAAAAGGGCAAAUCGGUGGGUGUGGUCACCACUACAAGGGUGACUCACGCGACACCCGCUGGAACAUACGCUCACUCACCAAAAAGAGAAUGGGAAAGCGACGCUGAUAUUCCGAAAAAUACGCCAGCCUUAUGCAAAGAUAUUGCUCGACAGCUGGUGGAAGAUAAUCCCGACAUACAGGUUAUACUUGGUGGUGGCCUUCUCUUUUCUUUCCUUUUCUUUUUUCUUUUUCUUUUUUCUUUUUCUUUUUCUUUUUUCUUUCUUUCCUUUUUCUUUCCUUUUUCUUUCUUUUCUUUUUUCUUUCUUUUCCUUUCUUUUCUUUUCCUUUUUCUUUCUUUUCUUUUUCCUUUUUCUUUCUUUUCUUUUUCCUUCUUUUUCUUUUCCUUUUUUCUUUCCUUUCUUUUCCUUUACUUUUUCUUUUUCCUUUUUCUUUCUUUUCUUUUUCCUUCUUUUUUCUUUUCUUUUUUUUUUCCUUUUUCUUUUUCCUUUCCUUUUCUUUCCUUUCCUUUUUCUUUUCUUUCUUUUUUUUUUUUUUCUUUUUUCCUUUUUCUUUUUUUCUUUUUUCUUUCUUUUUCUUUUUCCUUUUCUUUUUUUUUUCUUUCCUUUUCUUUUUCUUUUCUUUCCUUUUCUUUCCUUUUCUUUUUUCUUUUCUUUCCUUUUCUUUCUUUCCUUUUCUUUCCUUUUUUCUUUCUUUCCUUUUCUUCUUUAAACAUUUUAACAAUUUCUUCUAACCUUUUUAAGAUUUUCUUUCAUCUUUUCUUUCUUCUAUUCUUUUUAACUUUCUUUCUUUUUGUUUGUUUCUGUAAAUAUUUUAAGCCAUUCUUUCUGCUAGACUUUUUAACUUCUUUCUCAUUUAACUCUUUCUUCCUUCUAUUCACUUUAACUUUCUUUCUUCCUUUUAUUCUUUCUUUAAAGAUUCUACCACUCUCUUCUCUUCUUUUAUUUUUCUUGUUUUCUUUCUCAAUACAUUUUAACCCUUUCUUUCAUCCUUUUUUAAAUGUCUUUCCUUCUUUGUUUCUUUCUCUAAAUUUUAACGCUUUCUUUCUUUUAUCCUUUAUAAUUUCUUUCCGUCUUUCUUUAUACAUUUGA